AUGACUAACCCUUCUCACGUCUCUUUAUCACCUCGCACCGCUAGGGCAAACGAUUCGAGUACGCGGAACGCUAUUCCUGGUCUCCUGAAACCACGCUCUAAACUACACGUAGGAGCUUUUAACGUACGAACACUUUGCCAAAUAGGACAGCAGGCUUCCUUAGCUAGGACUUUAGAAUCUCGUGCCAUCGAUGUGUGCUGCGUCUCCGAAACGCGCAUACAGGAUCCGAGUAGCGUCAUUCACUUGACAUCACCAUGCCGAAAUAAAGAACCAACUCGAUUUACGCUUCGUGUAUCUGGAAGCCCAGAUUCUGCUUCCCGUGGCCUCGCCGGCGUAGGUAUAGCAUUGAGUCUUAGGGCAGAACUAGCUCUCUUAGACUGGAUCCCAGUAGACAGUCGUCUGUGCGCUGUCCGACUAAACGGAACAGUAAGGACUCGGAAAGAUAGGGACACUCGUCGUUGCCUCUUCGUCGUCUCUGCCUAUUCUCCCACUGACUGCAACGCAGAUGAUGUAAAAGAUGAGUUUUACAGAAAGCUCUCCGACCUCCUCCUAAAAGCUAGGCGCUCUGAUGUAGUAAUAGUGGCUGGUGACUUUAAUGCUCAAGUAGGUAAACUAAGCCAAAGGGAAAGACACCUAGGUGGAUCUUAUAGCGUCGUGGCUCAAAGAACAGAUAAUGGCGACCGUCUGUUGCAGCUAUGCUCAGAUAACCGCCUGUUCCUUGCAAAUACUAACUUUAAGCAUAAGCAAAAACAUCUUUUAACAUGGCGACCCCCUAAUUCGUCCCAACGUUGGACCCAAAUAGAUCACAUCGCUAUCAGCCACCGAUGGAGGGGCUCGAUAGAAGACUGUCGCUCAUUCUGGAGCACAUGCUUAGAUUCAGAUCAUGCUCUAGUGCGAGCGCGUAUUUGCUUGCGUCUUACUGGACGUAGGAAAGACGCUGCAAGUAAACCUCUUAGGGGCCUACUUAAUGAUAUUCAAGCUAAGAGUAUAUUUCAGGAACAACUAGGAAAACAGUUAGGCAGCCAUGUAUGUGAUGCCCACCCUGAGGCAGCAUGGAAUGAUAUCCGAAAAGCUGUGGAAACAGCAGUGAUAUCUGCUAGUAAGAUAAACCAGAAGGUUAAGGAGCAACACUGGAUCUCAGCAGCAUCUAUCGCACUGAUAGAUGCUGGGAAACUCAUUCCACCUGGCUCUGAACAUAAUGAAGAGCGGAGUCAGCUUAAGCACAAGCUGAAAAGAAGCCUACGCAAUGAUCGUGAACAGUGGUGGGUAGCGAAAGCAAGAGAGAUGGAAAAGGCAGCGGCAAUAGGUAAUAUCAGACAAUUGUUCAGACUCGUUAAGGAAACCGGAAUUAGGAACCCGACCGUUAGCGAAACAAUCUCAGAGAAAGAUGGACAUAUUAUUCAUUCUCAAUCCAGGAGAUUGGAUCGAUGGGCAGAACACUUUAGGGAUCAAUUCAACUGGCCUUCAGCCACACUUCGGUUUUCCACGAUCUCCAGUCGACCUAAUUGGCAAGUUGAUUUUGGUUGGACUCAUGAAGGUGGUUGGCUAUCAAUCCUGGCAUCAACUUUUGUCAGGAAGAUAGAUAUUGUUGGGAGAGGUUAUUCUGGUUAUAACACUCGUUUGUGCAAACCAUUACUUCCAAUCCUCUAUCCAAAUAAGGACUCACUAAAGGAUUGUAAAUUUUUCACUAUUUUUCUCGGAGCUAAUGAUGCUUGUGCCACUCCACAACAGCAUGUACCAGUUGAAGAAUACAAAAGUAAUCUAAGUUGGAUGAUUGAAUAUAUUCAUAAAUUGGACGUGCCUACGGAUCACAUUUCACUAAUCAGUUUACCUCCUAUUGAUGAGAAUAAAUGGGGUGCUAUUGAAAUAGCUAAAGGAAGGGCAAUUACACGAAGACUAGAUGCUUGUGCGACCUAUGCAGUUGCAUGUCAAGAGGUUGCCAACGUCAAUGAAGUUAGUUUUGUGAAUUUAUAUGAAGCUAUGUUAAUGCAAAAGAAUUGGGAGUCUUUUCUUUCAGACGGUUUACACUUUUCUAGAAAAGGAUCUGAGUUUUUGGCAAGGAUCUUAGAAAACUUACUUACGGAUAAAUUAGGUGACUUAAAGUGGUGGUUUCCGGAUUGGAAAGUUAUAAACCCGAACGAUCCAGCGGAGUUUAUCAGUCACUAUCUUCAGUCCCAAAUGUGA